UUCCCCAAGUUCGACGUAUUGAUAUGCAGCUAUGAGACCUUAUCAGCUGAGCUUGACAACUUUACCGCAUUCCAGUGGUGUGCUGGGGUCUUCGAUGAAGCACACAGAUUAAAGAGUGUGGGCAGUAGGAUGAGAGAGGCCUGCUCGAGGGUGCCCUGCCUCAGCCGCUUCCUUCUCACGGGCACUCCGAUUCAGAAUAACAUUGGGGAGAUGUGGUCCCUGCUGAAUCUGGCUAAUGAGACUUUGUGGCCAGAGGAUGGGCGGGAGGCAUUCUUGGAGACCUAUGGUGAUAUGAAGGAUGGGCAGACGGCUUUGAAGCUGAAGAAGGAGGUAG